GCCCCCGCGGGUCCCCCCUCAUGCCAGGAAUGACCCCGGGGAGUGGGAUCACACACGUGCUCCCCGUAUUUCCCAGUGUUCAAAUCCCCUCUGCGCGCAGGGUCACAGCCCGGGGACUGUCACCUCCACCCCACUGGGAAAUCGGGGGGCAGAGGAGCAGGGAACAGCCCCGAGUGGGUGCAGGGAGCCCGGGUUCUCCUGGAGCCCCUGGGAAACACCAAAGCUCCACAUAAUAGUUUGGAAAAUCUCGCAAGGCUCAGCCGAGCGCUGCGCUCGCCCCGUGCCCUGCACAGGCAGGGCCCCUUUGCGGGUGCCACCGCGGGGAUGGGGUGCUGGGCUGGCAGCACCAGCUGCGGGCAGUGCCUUUCCUCAGACUUGUUCACCAGCCGCUUUAUUUCCUUAGAACACUUCCCUAGAGAGAAGCAGUACCUGGAGGGCAGAGCCUCUUUUGUCCUGUGCUUUCUCCCGGCACUUUCCACUGGAAGGACAUUCCCCAUUGGAGCCAGUCCCCGCCAGGGCUCCGGGCACAGCGGGGGCUGCAAGGCCACAAGUGCCGGGGCUGCCCCGGGCCGGGUCCGGGCGGUGCCGCUGUCCAAGGGGGGCCGGGGGUGGCCCUUUGUGACACGGGCGCCUUCCAGGGCCCUUUGUGACAUGGGACAUGAGGGUGCCCAGAUACCCUUGUGACAUCACAGAGCCCUGCCCUGCCCGUGGGGGUUUGAGGGGCACAGAGCCCUGGGGUGCCCACAACCACGAGAGCCCCUCUCCAAGGAGGAGCAGCUCCCUGCAGAGGACAACAGAGAUGGCUGAGGACAACAGGAAGCCCAAGUCCCAGCCCCACAGCCCCUUGCCCAGCUGGCUGGAAGACGAGUCACUCAGCAAGCACUGGCUGGGGACAGUGGGUGAGUCAGACCUGCCACUGUCAGGGACUGAGGGGGGGUCCUUCGGCCGCGGGGAUGAUGACUGGAAUUACGACACCGAUCCAGACCUUUCCCAAUUCGGAGAUGUUACCGAAUGGGAAGAUGAGACAGAAGAUGAGACAGAAGAUGAGACACUCCAAGAGCUCUGUGAAUGGCUAGAAGAAGUGAGAGCCCAAGAAUGUUCCCACCAGAGAGCCAGGAGACCUCAAGAGCUCUACAGAUUUGAAGAAGACGUGAGAGUCCGAGAACGUUCCCAAUGGCGCUGUGGGAGACACCCGGAGCUGUACCGCCGGGAAGAGACUGUGAGACGCCAGGAGCUGCACGAAUGGGAAGAAAGGGGUGUGAGAUACCACGAGGUGACCCAGUGGGAAGAACGUUUGACAAUCCGAGAGCUGCCCCAAAGGGAAGGACGUGUGAGAACCCGAGAGCUGCCCCAAAGGGAAGGACGUGUGAGAACCCGAGAGCGGCCCCAAAGGGAAGAAGAGACCUAUUCAGAGCUGUCCCAAUGGGGAGGUCUGAGAGGCCAAGAACUUCCUCAAUGGAAAGAUGUGGGAGUUCAAGACCUGACCCAGCAGGAAGGUCAGAGAUACCAUGACCAGCCUCAGCAGGAAGAUGUGGGAGCCCGUGGACUGUACCAAUGGGAAGACAAGAGAGAUUCAGAGCUCUUCCAAGUCGCAGACAAGACAGACAAGGAGCAACCCCAGAAAGAAGAGUACAGUGCUCAAGAGCUGCCCCAAAGGGAAGGUGUGAGUGACAAAAGGCUGUCUCAGGGGGGAGCUGAUGUUGGUUACAGCAGUUGGGACAAACCCGUGAGCGCUGGGGACACCCUGGCUGUUCCCCAGGAGGGGCCCAGCUCUCCCAGCAGUGUGGGCACAGCAGUGGCAGCAGAGGCAGCCCAGGACCUGCCCAGUCCAGCUCCUGCCUCGCUGAGUCCCACAGAGGCUGAGCCAGCAGCUCCUGUCCCAGAUGGAGCUGCUGAGGAGGAGGAGCCCCAGGAGCCUGUGGCUCCUGAGGAGACAAAGGCAGAAGGUUCUCCAAGCUUUGGGGAGCUGGUGCCAUCAGCAGGGACAGAGAGCCCGGUCCCUGCCCCCCAGAGCCCCUCAGAGGGCAGCCAGGCCCUGCUGGGCCAGCAAAUUACCAUUGAGAUCGUGAGCGAGGCUGAGCUUGAGAUCGAGGGAUCUGAGCAGCAGCUGAAGCAACAGGGAGCCAUGGAAGAAAGCACAGCUGCAGAAAUGCAAGAAACAGCAGCAGGGACACAGAGCCUGGUCCCUCCUUCACGGAGCCCCUCAGAGGGCAGCCAGGCCCUGCUGGACAUGGCUGAGCUCAUGACCACUGAGAUCCUGACAAAGGCUGAGCUUGAGAUCCAGGGAUCCAGCCAGGAGCUGGAGAAACAGGAAGACCUGGAACAAAGCACAGCUGCAGAAAUGCAAGAAACAGCUGCAGGGACAGAGAGCCUGGUCCCUGCCCCACAGAGCCCCUCAGAGGGCAGCCAGGUCCUGGUGGGCACUGACCAGGAAGUCACCCCUGAGAUCCUGACAAAGGCUGAGCUUGAGAUCCAGGGAUCUGAGCAGCAGCUGGAGGAACAGGGAGACCUGGAAGAAACCACAGCUGCAGAAAUGCAGGAAGGAGCAGCAGGGACAGAAAGCCCAGUCCCUGCCCCACAGAGCCCCUCAGAGGGCAGCCAGGUCCUGCUGGACAUGGCCGAUGGCAUCAGUACUGAGAUCCUGAAGAAGGCUGAGCUUGAGAUCCAGGGAUCCAGCCAGGAGCAGGAGGAACAGGGAGACCUGGAGGAAAGCACAGCUGCAGAAUUGCUAACAAUUCCAGCAGAGAGUACAGAGAGCCCAGUCUCUGCCCCACUCAGCCCCUGCUCCCCUCCCAGCCCCGUGGCUUCCAGCCUGGAAGUCCUGGUUGCCAGUGAGCCCCAGGACACAGAGGAGAGGUCAGUCCUGUCAGUGCAAGAGACUGAGGAGGGAACCUUGGUUGGGGAGGAGAAAGAGUGGAAAUCAUCCACUGACCAGGACCUGUCCCAAGGGGAAGAGGUCAGAGACCCACAGCUGUCCCAGUGGGAAGAGGACAUCACCUCUAUCAUCUCUGACAAGGCCUUGGGCCCAGGGAACCAGGAGGAUGCCCAGCCUGUUCGCCAAGAGAGGCCCAGCUCUCCCAGCAGUGUGGGCACAGCGGUGGCAGCAGAGGCAGCCCAGGACCUGCCCAGUCCAGCUCCUGCCCUGCUGAGUCCCACAGAGGCCGAGCCAGCAGCUCCUGCCCCAGAUGGAGCUGCUGAGGAGGAGGAGCCCCAGGAGCCUGUGGCUCCUGAGGAGACAAAGGCAGAAGGUUCUCCAAGCUUUGGGGAGCUGGUGCCAUCAGCAGGGACAGAGAGCCCGGUCCCUGCCCCCCAGAGCCCCUCAGAGGGCAGCCAGGCCUUGCUGGGCACUGACCAUCAAAUCACCCCUGAGAUUGUGAGCGAGGCUGAGCUUGUGAUGCAGGGAUCUGAGCAGCAGCUGGAGGAACAGGGAGCCAUGGAAGAAAGCACAGCUGCAGAAAUACAAGAAAGAGCAGCAGAGACACAGAGCCCGGUCCCUGCCCCCCAGAGCCCCUCAGAGGGCAGCCAGGCCCUGCUGGGCACUGACCAGGAAAUCACCCCUGAGAUCCUGAGUGAGGCUGAGCUUGUGGUCCAGGGAUCCAGCCAGGAAGUGGAAGAACAGGGAGACCUGGAACAAAGCACAGCUGCAGAAACACAAGAAACAGCUGCAGGGAUAGAGAGCCCAGUCCCUGCCCCCCAGAGCCCCUCAGAGAGCAGCCAGGCCCCGCUGGGCACUGACCAGCAAAUCACCCCUGAGAUCCUGAGUGAGGCUGAGCUUGUGAUGCAGGGAUCUGAGCAGCAGCUGGAGGAACAGGGAGACAUGGAACAAGCCACGGAUACGGAAACAGUAACAACAUUUACAGCAGAAAGGGAAGGGAGCCUGGUCCCUCCCCUACAGAGCCCCUCAGAGAGCAGCCAGGCCCUGCUGGAUACAGACCAGUCCAGCACCAGUGAAGUCCUGAUCAAGGCUAAGCUUAAGGGAUCUGGCCAGGAGCGGGAGGAGCAAGAAGACCUGGAACAGACCUGGGAUACUGAAACAAUAUCAACAUUUACAGCAGAAAGGGAAGGGAGCCUGGUCCUGGCCCCACGGAGCCCCUGCAGCCCCUUCAGCCUCUCAGCUCCCAGCCUGGAAGCCCAGGCCCUCUGUGAGCAGCAGGAGGAGGCCGUGGUUGGGGAGGGCCAAGAUUGGAAAUAUUAUGUUGACCAAGAGAUUUUCCAAUGGGAAGAUGAGGAAGAGCAAGAUCUGUCCCAAGAAGAAACCAAAACCUACCAGGAAGUGUCCCAAGGGGGAGAGCGCAGGGAGCAGGAGCCGUCCCCUGGACCAGCCAAGAGCCACCAGGAACUGUCUGACUGGGACGGAUACAGCGAGGAAGAGGAGCCCCAGGGGGAAGUAAAGAGCUACCGAGAAGAGUCCGACUGGGAAGAAAACAUCAAGCAAGAGCAGUCCCAGGGAAAAAAGAGAAGCUACCAAGAAGUGUCCGACUGGGAAGAACGCAGCGAGGAAGAGCUGUCCCACAGAGGAGCAAAGAGCUACCAAGAGGUGUCCGACUGGGAGGAAAACAUGGAGAAAGAGCAGUCCCAGGGAGAAUCCAAGAGACGCCAAGAAGUGUCCGGCUGGGAAGAAAACACGGAGAAAGAGCAGUCCCAGGGAGAAUCCAGGAGACGCCAAGAAGUAUCCGACUGGGAAGACUACAGUGAGGAAGAGCUGUCCCACGGAGAUGUGAAGAGCUACCAGGAAGCAUCAGACUGGGAAGAAAACAUCAAGCAAGAGGGAGUCCAGAGAGAAUCCAGGAGAUGGCAGGAAGUGUCCGAUUGGGAAGAAUACAUCGAGGAAGAGCAGUCCCGAGCAGAAGUGAAGAGCUACCAGGAAGUGUCGGACUGGGAAGAAAACCUCGAGCAAGGGCAGUCCCAAGAAGUGAAGAAGUACAAAGAAGUGGCUGACUGGGAAGAGCUGCCUGACAGCAAGGGAGGGCUGUCCCAUGGAGAAGCGAAGAUCUGCCAAGAACCAUCGGACUGGGAAGAAUCCAGUGAGGAAGAGCAGUUCCAGAGAAAAGUCAGCGCCUUACAAAAACUGCUCAAGUGGGAAGAAUCCAGCGAGGAAGAGCAAUCCCAUGGAAAUGGCAGUAGCUACCCAGAACUGACCGAGUCGGAAGAAACCAGCAUGGAAGGGCAGUUCCAAGGAAAAUUCAGUGGCCUCCAAGAACUGCUGUCCGACUGGGAAGACUCCAUUGCUGAAGAGCUUUCCGAAGACGAAGACUCCUUUGGCCAAGAGUUUUCUGACUGGGAAGUCUACAGACCCUCAAUACUGUCCCGGUGGGAAGACGACAGCGACAGGGAGCUCGCGCUGCUGGACUGGGAACGCAUGACCAUCCGCAGCUUCGGGGUCAAGCCCUUGCGCCCCGAGGAGGACGAGUGGGAAGAACUGAGCUUCCUGGAGCUGUCCCAAGGUCAAGGCACGGAACACAGGCUGGGAAUCCUUGCAGAAGAGGGGCUUCCGAUGCCCGUCCCUCGCGAGGCGUGGGCUGAGGGCCGGGUCUGUGUCUCCCCUCCCCGGCCGGUAGCCCAGAUCCCCCGUGGGGCUGCAGCUCCUCCCGCCUUGGACAAGCAGGUGGCAAAGGCAGAGGCAGGGACACGGAGCCAGGGCCCUGCCCCAGAGAGGCCCUGCCGCCCCCCCAGCCCCUGCCCUCCCCAGCCGGAGGCUCAGGCCCCCCGAGGGGUUGCAGCUCCUCCGACCUUGCGCAAGCAGGUGGCAGAGGCAGCGACACAGACUUGGCUCCCCAGGAAACGUCCCUCUCGUUUCAGGCAGAUACUCAGGGCUCUGGGCAGGCUGUUCGGUGCCUGUGCCCCGGGACAGCUCGAGGAUUAGGCCCUGCUCCAGCGCCGGGCCAGGCCCAGACCCCUCUGCAAUUCUUCCACAGAAAAUGACUCUACCACCGACUUUUGACACUUCCUCCAAUUCUUGACGAGUCCUGCAGGGAUGAGCAAAGACAGGAGCUGUUGCUCCCACAACCUCCCUGCAGGACUGCUAUAUCCACGAGUAUUCCUAAACAAACGGAAGAUGGCUUUAGUAUGUUCACUAAUUUAAUUCAUUAAGUUGGUUAAGUAACUAUAGUUGUCGUUAAGUAUCCAGUAUCUCUAUCUCUUUAGUUCACAUUUAUAGUUAAAUAAAAUCGAAGU